AUGGUAGCCACUUUUGGUUGGAAAGUGUUGACGACACUCUUGGCGUCCUCGUCUUCGUCACGGUUGGCUGCUAGGAACUCCCCCAUCCCGGAACGUGUCACUCUGCAAGUCUGCCUUUCUCCGGGGUGCGUCGCCGACGGUGCCGCUCGGACCAUGCAUCUCUUACAAGCCUUGGCACCUGCUCAUUUUGUCAUCGAGGAAGGCGGCUGCAAUUCGUUGUGUGGAUACGGGCCGGUCGUUAUUUCACCAGAAGCAUCCAACAAGUACAAAAAGGUUGUUGAAGAGAAAGCUCUCGAGAUUCUCUAUUCCCACAACAACGACCCGAAUGUGCCUGCGGGCCCGUCCAAGGAACUAGUUCGGGGAUACGAGUUAGUUCAACACGCGGAUAUAUUGUUUGACCGCAAAGACUACGAACAAGCGAUUGUAUUGUACGAACAAGCUAUCGGUAUAGCUUUUCGAUCCGCCAUGGACCUACAGACGGCUCGCGAUCACUUUGCACAAUCAAGUAAUAGUAACGGUAAAAGUGCCAACGACGGCAAAAUGCAAAGAAAAUCGAAGUAUCCAGUUGGCCUGGAAUGGCUGAUUCGUGCGCGUCGAAACGAAGCGGUUGCGAAGCUUGAGCGAGGUGACGUGGACGGUGCCGUAUUGGCUGCUCAGGCCUCCUGCAAUCUUUCACGAAACAGCUCGGCAGAAUCUUUCCGAGUCCUGGCACUGGUGUAUCAGCGGAAAGAAGACAUGGUGGGUGAAUUGCAAAGUCUACAAACGAUGUUGGGACUCCCAAUAGAUGAGUCCAAGCUUUCCUUUCAAGAGAAGAAUGCCCGACGUCUUUGUGGAUUUCGACUGCAAAAGUUGGAGCUACAAACCAAGCAAAAGACUACUCGAUGA